AAAAGCAAAAGUCAUGAACAACAAUAGCUGGCCUAAUUGGGACAUUGCUUUGAAGAGUGUCUUUUUUAGGUUGCCUCCCCUUUGUCAAGGUGUGAAAAGCCAGACGGGAUGCGAGGGGGGGCAAAUGUAUUUAAGCAACGAGAGACUCGAUCAGUCAGUCAGUCAGGAGAGAUACAGUCGCAUCACCACCAGAUCAAGCAUGGCUCUGCUCAUCCAGCUUUUCGUUUGUGCCACAUUGAUCUCAUUCACAGAAGGAUUCGACCAUGAGGAUAUGAAGCAGGCUUUGCUACAAAAACUUGGAUUAACGGAACUUCCCAGGAUUCAGAAGAGAGAUUUGGAAAACGUGGUCAUCCCAGCUCAUAUCAAGAAUAAAUACAUGUCUAUGCUGAAACUGCAUAACACGAGAAAGAGGAGAUCUCUGCCAAGUUUGGCAGGAAUCCUAAGAGGCAUUCAUGGAAGUGCAGAUAUAACAGGAGAAGUCAAGUACUCUGACACAACUCGACAGCGUCUUGUGUUUAAUAUGGAGGAGAGGUUGCAAGAAAACACUGAAGUUACUAUGGUAGAACUUAAACUUUACCAGACAGCCGUGUCGAACCCAUCCGAACCAAAGCGAAGACACCACCACAGGCCCAUCAACCAUGCCAGAGUCAGUAUCUACUGGGUGGAGGUGUUGGGAAAUGGCUCUAACAGAACAUCACUUGUCGACUCAAGACUGGUUCCUAUCCACGAAACUGGCUGGAAAAGUUUUGACGUGACUCAAGCGAUUCACUACUGGUCUAAAUCCAAGAAGAAAGCACCUUUGUAUCUGGAAGUGUGGACUGAGGGAGAGAGGCCUGGUAGCUAUGCAGCCGAGAUGGCCAAAAGGGUGCGCUUCGCAACACAGGACCCAAAAGAGAACACCCUGGAGAAAGACAUGGGUACACCAGAACUUGUGCUCUACACCCUAAACCUGGAUGAAUAUGGAUCCCAGGGUAACUGCAAUUCCAGUCCAAACAGCAGCAAGUGUUGUCGUGAAGAGCACUUUAUAAACUUCCGCGAGCUCACCUGGACACAGUAUUGGAUCAUCGAGCCGGCCGGGUACCAGGCGUUCCGCUGCGCAGGAGGAUGCAAGCAGCCUCAGCGCGGUUUCUAUGGUUACGGGCAGAGGACAUGCGCUGUGAUGGAGAGUGCGCCGCUCCCCAUGAUGUAUCUGGUGAAGAAAGGAGAUUACACUGAAAUCGAAGUGGCAGAAUUCCCAAAUAUGAUUGUUGAGAAGUGUGGAUGCUCCAUGGACAAAAUCCCAUCACUAUGAGACUGUUUCUGCGGUUUGCUCUCAGUAGAGAGGUGAUAUAAUGAUGCGUGAUGUUUGUAAAUACACUGAAAUGUCUCGUGCUUGUUCAACUGAGACACGUACACGUUUCCAUACCCCACUGAGCACUUGAAAAUAAAUGUAUUUAUGAAUUAUUAGUCUAUGUAAUGGCCU